AUGGGCAACCCCUUCGCUGGCAUGCCGCAACAUCGGAGGGACGGUGGUAGACGUGGCAGAAUCCGCCACGGGGAAGUGUUGCGUAGCGAGGUCGUCGCUGCAAUCACCCUCCUGAAGCUCCAGUUCCGCUUCCACCACUUCUGCCGACACCAUACCUUGCCCGGCCGGCCGGAGUCUCGCACUUCCACUACCACGGAGAGGUCCCUCGUACUACGACAAUUCCGCCUGCUCGACUUCCGAAGUAACGAGCCAACAACCGACGCCUACCACAUGAUCCGGUGGAUGGCUAACCGCCCAAUGGGCGAAACCAGAUUCCUCGACGUCGGAGAUGAGGAGCCCUUUUACACAUCCCACCACCACAUGGACAAGGAUGAUGGAAAAUUAUUAUUCAUACUCCGCUAUGCCCUAGGGCGUACCGGACCCUCAGCUAUUUAA